UCCACAGUGACAAGACUUUAAAGAUGAGCGACUCUUCCAAGAAAGAAGGUGACAGUCUGCUGCCUGCAGAUGAAAAGCCAGAGCUGAGGAUCGUCCUGCUUGGGAAGGUCAGAGUUGGGAAGAGUUUUUCAGGAAACACCAUCCUGGGCAAGGACCUAUUCCACUCAAAGCCCGGUCUAUCUCCAGUCACAGAGAAGUGCCAGAAGGAAAUGGGGAAUAUUAACAACCAAAAUGUGGUUGUUGUUGAUACUCCUGGUCUGUUAAGCAUUGACAAAACAGAAGAGGAGAUUGUGAGAAAGAUCAAGAAAUCCAUCAAACUUGCCAAACCUGGUCCUCAUGUGUUCCUGAUUGUGCUGAGUGUGAGAGAUAAAUACACAAAGAAAGUAGAAGACAUGGUGAAAAGCAUUUGCGAUACUUUUGGCAAAAACACAAUGGAUUACACUAUGGUGUUGUUCACCCGUGGAGAAGAGCUGAAAGGUACCAUAGAGGACUUUAUUUGUCGCAAUGAAAAUCUCCACGAGCUAAUCAAUAAGUGCGAUUAUGGAUACCAUCUUCUUCACAAUUGUCCCGAACAGGUCCCUGAGCUACUGAAGAAGAUCAACGAUAAGGUUCAGGCAGAAGAAGGAAGCUACUACACUGCUGAGAUGCUCCAAGAGGCUGAAACUGCCUUACAACAGGUACAAAAUGCUGCAGAAGGAGAAAGACAAUCCAAACUAGCUUGUAUUCGAACUGCAGUUCUUUCUGGUAUGGGUGUUGGAUGUCUGUUGGGGUAUCUUGCUGGUGAGGGUCAGAUAACGUCUACCAUAGGAGCAGCACUAGGAGCCGUAGGGGGUGGACUCCUGUGUGCUGCAGUGGCAGGUAUAGUGAUAUCCGCCAAGAAAAAGUGCAAAUGCAGCAACACAUGUUCUUGUCUUGUUUAAGCUGAUCAGACCAAUUCUUACAAAUGAAAAUACUGUAAAGGGGGAAAUGAUGGUGGUGCGGUUUGUAUAUUUAGUUAUUUCUAUUUUCUAGUAGCUUGCACAAUCAACCUACACAGUCGUAAUCUGGGUGAGGACGGUCUGGUGAUGAGAAUGUGGUACCCUAAAUACUGUGCAAAAUAUUGGAGGAAAUUACAAAAGAAAAUGUGACUCUUAAGCUUUGUUUUAUUUGUAUUAUUAUAUAUUUAGCUGUUGAACAUAUGUAAUUGCUUGGUGAAUGUAACUGGUAUGUGGGAAAAGCGUACAGCUGGUUUAUGUGGAAAGAGAUGCUCUUUUAUUACUCAAAUAUUCAAUAUUAAAAGGACUCGGAUCCAAAUUGGGGACAAAAGAAAAACUGGCAUCCCUAAGUUAUUUCUGCAGCUUUAAACAAACAUUUGACUGUUCAACAAGAAAUAAUCAAUCAAUAAUAAUAGGUUGUGGCCCCUGAGCCCUUUGUCCCUUCAGCACGUCUUUUGGGUAAUCCAUCCAUUUUGCUAUACACCAUCAUUUUAGUGGAAGCUGUUUUAUUUACACACAAUCAACAAUCAUUCGAUUAAUUCCCACACUUUGUGUUAUUACGUUCAUGGCUAACCCAGAACGUCAGUGGCCCCUAAGGCUCCAGGUUGACUUUUGUGUCAGGGCACGCCCUCAUACUCUGCUUCUGACUGGCUAGUAGUCCUUACCUAGGUACUGUCAGGGCACG